GGAUUUCUGCCACAUGUCGCGGUUGUGGCGAGAAAGAAGAACCAAAAGCAAGUACCAAUCGUACACUGAGCAUUCACUGAUUCUUUAAUAUUAUUGGUUCUUACCCUUGGUUCUUCAUCUCCUCCACAGCCGUGACUCGGUAACAGAUUCUCAAAACUGGUAACAUUGGCAGGCGCCUGUCGCAGUCACUGCGUGAGUUUAUAUGUUAUAAGCAGCCAACCCGACGGUGUUCGUGGACGAAGGUGGAACUUGCUUUUGCAUUCCCUGUUGCCGCGACUACCGUGAGAUUCGUCUAUCCUUCCCUCCUCUCUCAACGAUGCAUCGGUGUGGACACUGAGACGGCGACGCGGGCAGGCUACAUCGUCGUCCCCGUCGUCGAAUCGUCAGGGUUUUGUCCUCUCUCGGACGGGCGAGCGCGUCCACGCCGCCACGAUGGCCCUCAGCCAGACCAGCGUGCUGAAAUUAUACAAUACUGUGAUAGAAGAUGUAAUAUCGGGAGUGCGAGAGUCGUUUAUAGACGAGGGUGUGGAUGAGCAGGUCCUACAGGAGCUUAAGCAAAUAUGGGAAACAAAACUAAUGGCUAGCAAAGCCGUGGAAUUGAAUCCAGAUCCACCAGAGCCACAAGUUCCUCAGAUCAAUACGCACAAAGCUGUGUCUAUCAAUAAAGCUAAUGUAGGAAAUCAUUUUGUACAACCAUCUGCUGGAAACACAGUGUCGCAAACGCAACCUCAACAACAACAAUCGCAACAGCAACAAGCGCAGACACAAUCGCAGCAACCAUCACAACCUCAGCAACACACGCAUCCUUCCACGGGAACAACGUUGCAACAACAGCAGCAACAUUCGACGACGCCUGUGCAACAAGUGGUGGCCACUUCGGCGGUUCUCGCUGAGCGCCAAGUGCCGAUACAGAUCACCUUACCUCCACAAGCUGGUAUUCCAGACGGACCACAGAGGAUUUUAAGCAUACAAGUUCCCGCAUCUGCUCUUCAAGCAAACCAGCUGCAUACAAUUUUAACAGGUCCAGUAAUUUCUGCUGCUAUGGGUCUUCCAGCGAAUUUAGCUUCGACUCUGUUGCAACAGCAUGUGAAUUCCACGUUGCAAGGGCAAGCGACAUUAACUCCAUUGCAAGUGAAUCAGCCGCUUCAAGUGGUUCCACAAAGUACAAACAAUGUCACACAAAGGCCACCUCAAAAUCAGCAAAAUAAUAUAAAUCAGUUAGAUGGAGGAGUCGGUGACUCCACUGAUGAUGACGAUGAUGAAGAGGAAGAGGAUAAUGAUGAUGAUGACGAAGAUAUGGAUGAAAAAGAGGAAGAAGAAAAUGAUGAAGCGGCGACUCGUGAAGAGGAACCUCUUAAUUCCGAGGAUGACGUUACGGAUGAUGAUCCCGCUGAUCUAUUCGAUACCGAUAAUGUAGUCGUCUGUCAAUAUGAUAAGAUUACAAGGAGUCGAAAUAAGUGGAAGUUUUAUCUGAAGGACGGUAUAAUGAAUCUAAGUGGAAAAGACUAUGUAUUCCAAAAGGCAAAUGGGGAUGCUGAAUGGUAAUUCUAGGUGCGAUGUGAAUAUCGUGUUGCCCACAGUAAGCUCGACUCAGGGACACUGCGUGAAAAGGCAACUUGAUAAUGUGUUCACGUGAAACCGCGUUAAUGCAAGAGAUACCGACACAACUUUUACGACGAUUCUUCUAAUAAUUGCGCGAAAAGCUGCUGCAAAUGGAAACAAUGAUGAACGUUAUCAUAUUAUCACAAAUAUCAUAUUGUGUAUACAUCUUGUGUUGUAUCUUUAACUCUUUGAAUAGCAGGAUUUUCAAGUGAUGUUCAGAUAUCCAUCCGAUUCCACUUGUCAAAACUAGACAAAUCGUAGACGAAAGUAUUUUAUUUUAACCCGUAAUUUAAUUUUUUGUUCUGAUGUUAUUAUAUUAGUCUUGAGUUUUCUUAAUUAUUUUGUUAAUCUUUCACUUCUAAGAAAAUUCAAGACUGAAAGUGAAGUGGGACAUAGAGAACUUUUAUAUAUACAUAUAAAAGUUUUCAUGUAGUGCAAAUUAUGAACAUACAAAUGUAAAAAAAUUAUACGAGAGUCUUCUACUGUCAGUCAUAUGUUACUGGAAACUUGCUUGUGGGCGCCGAGAUUCCUUUUAAAGAAAAAAAAAAAUCAUAAAUUAGUUAGCUUUUUUUAGCAAAUGAAUGAACUUUAUUGGAGUGGAGGUGCGUUAGGUAUCUGCAUAAUUGUAUAUACACACACACACACACAUAUAUAUGUAUGUAUGUAUGUAUGUAUGUAUGUAUAAAAUAUACACACAAACACACAUACACAUAUAUUGACGAAAGCACCAUAUCGAUUAGUGAAUCUGGAAUCACUAACAUCAUGGAAUGCAAAAAUGGUACUCUAUAUAGGCAUAUAUACAUAAUAUAUAUUAUAUACAUAUAUAUUUUGAAUUCCUCGAUUAUGAACUUUUUCACAUGGAGAGGAAGUUUAUGAGGAAAAACUUCCAUUCUCUAUUUGUGAUCUGAUUGAUAUCGUAUGUGUACUUGAAUUGAAGUUUUAAAGAAUUGUAAACCACAUGUGAUUUGGCAUAAUAAAUGUGUCUUAUUGCUGUUGCCAGCACUGGUAAGUUAAUUUAUGAA